CACUGCCGUCAAGGAAGACGACGCAGGUCGCGCGAUCACCGCCCGCACGCGAGCCGACACGAGCCAGCAUUCGCGUUCCCCGGACCUCGCAGCGGUCACGAGCUCUGUUCUCCUGCUGGCAGCUACGGACACCGGCCUUCGCCAUCGGACUUGCCAUCGGAGCGUCAACUCCUCUUCCCCGAGCCUCGAUUGAAAUCUAACGACAACCAGCGAUGGUGCCUAUCCAGGCCUCACCACCUCAACCAGGAUUCAAGGAAGAGCACGUCUUCCCUCCUAACAAAGGAAGAACCGGAGACGGGGGGCAUACAUCUGGACACCUCGAUGUGCAGACGCAGCCAGACAGCUUUCUGAACACAUGUGUGACCAUCGUGGCCGUCCUGAUCGUCAUCACGCUUAUCGUCAUGGUCGUCAUACUGCUCAAGUGUUUCUCCGGGCGAGAAGAUUGCCCGCGCGUGGAAGGCCCAUACAACCCAUACAGCAACGUGUCGCUGACCUGCGAGUCCGAGGACUGCCGAGACUACGGCUCCAUGAUGCGCUCGAGCCUGAUCUCGUUCAUGGAACCCUGCGAGGACUUCUACGAGUUCAUCUGCGGCGGCUGGAUGAAGGCGGCUCGCGUGCCUCACGAGGACGUGGUCUACAGCAGCCUGUCCGACGUGCACCGCCGCGUCGAGAACGAGAUCAGCGAAAUCCUGAACAACACAGUGAUAUCGUACCGCGACCAGACGGCCACGCAGAAGGCCUCCGCUCUCUACCAAGGCUGCAUCAACAUCGACCUCCGCAACAGCAGGGGUGUCAAGCCCCUGGAAGACCUCAUCAAGUACUUUGAUCUCGGACGCUGGCCCACUCUGAACCGGACGGCGGUGUUCCGAACCUUCUUCAUCCUGGGCAACGUCAUCCGAGAGUUGGGCCUGGACGCAAUCCUUUCGCUCCGCGUCGGGAUCGACUACCACAACAGCGACAGAUACCUAGUCUACAUCGGGCAGCCGUCGUUCGGCGUGGAGCCCAUGGUGCUUCGCGGCCGCUUCCGGUCGCCCUUCUUCCGCAUCUUGCACCGGUACAAGAUCUACAUCUACCGUUGCGCGCUGCUGAUGGGCGCCAGCGUCGCGGCAGCCGACGUCGUCAACGAGAUCGUCGCCUUCGAGGCCAAGCUGGCCGCCAUUAUGGAGCCGCCGGAGGCUAUGCACAACCCAAAAAGAGUCUACAACCUCAUGAGCCUGCGGACCUUAGAAGGAGCUAUACCAGAGAUCCAGUGGACGUUCCUGAUCAACACCGUCCUUCGUGACGUGGGCGUAUCCAUGGAUCUGACCGACCACGUGGUCGUGCUCAAUCCGCUCUAUCUCAAGAGGCUCUCACGACUGCUCAAGGAGGUUCCCAGCUCGGCGGUGGCCAACUACCUGGGCUGGCGCAUCGUGCAAACAAUGGGCCAGUACACCACCGAGCGGUUCCGACGAGCGCGGUUCCGCUUCGACCGGUACCGGUACCUGCUGCAGGACGUCGGCGAGAUCCCGAGGGAGUGCGUGCGCCUCACGUCGCGCCUGCUGCACUUCGGCGUGGGCCGGCUCUACUUCGACCGGCACAUCUCGAGGCCAGCCGAGCGAUACCGGAAGCUCUACGACAUGGCUGAGGAGCUGCGAGACGCCUUUGCCGUGCUCAUCGACCUGAACACCUGGAUGGACUCGGACACCAAGGAGAGGGCGAGGCAGAAGCUGCACCACCUGCAGAUGAACAUCGGCUUCCCUCCCUGGAUCAAGAGCGACCGAGACCUGGACGAGUACUACAAGGACGUCCCGGAUCUGCGCAAGGAGGAGUUCUUCCUCAGCCUCCUGCGCACACUCAAGAUUUACAACCGCAUCAUGUUCGCCCGCCUGCGUCGCUUCAAGAAGGCCGAGGACUUCGGGUGGAUUCCAGCCUACCCGUCUACAGCGAUGCACUACAGCCUACUGGGAAACUAUAUGCUUCUCCCAGUCGACUACAUUCAGUACCCGUUUUUUCUACUGGACAUGGCCCCACCGAUCAAUUUCGGCGCCCUCGGAACCAUCAUGGGGCAGCAGCUGACGUUCGGCUUCGGGGAGCAAGGCGCGCUGUACGAUGAGCACGGCAAGCUGGUGGAGUGGUGGUCCCGCGAGACGCACCGCAAGUUCGUCACCGGCGCCCGCUGCCUCUCCGAGCAGUACGACCAGUUCAACAACCCCAUCACCGGCAUGAAGCUAAGCGUCAACAACACCCUGGAGACGAGCAUCGCCGACAACGCGGGCCUGCGACUCGCCUUCAAGGCUUUCCGGGUGUACAUGACCAAGUACGAGGAGCGCUACGGCAUGUACUCCAUACCCGGCAUGGAGCCUUGGACCAUGGAGCAGGUGUUCUUCAUCGCGUACGCCCUGUCGCGGUGCGAGGUCUCCCGGAAGCGCUCCAUGUACUUCUACCUGCGGCCCCGAGACCAGAUACCCAACCGCUUCAGGACCAUCAUCCCGCUGAUGAACUUCGAGCGGUUCUCGUCCAUCUUCAACUGCAAGGCAGGCACCAUCAUGAACCCAGAACAGAAGUGCAUCGUGUGGUAGCCAGCCGGUCUCUCCGCGUGGCGCCCCCAAAGACCGCACCAGCUGGCCAAUAUAACUGCGCCAUAAAGUUACCGAUGUCGUGGUUCCCUGUUCUUUUCUUUAACGAUGCCCUACUUCUCGUUCAGCAUGAGGUCACUCAAUGCACGCUGUAUGUUCAUAGCUAUAAACACAAUUAUAUGAGUUUUGAUCAAGAUUUCUUUGCCCAACGUGUGCGCCAGGCGUAGCAGCAAAUCGGACUACUUGCUUUGCAUUGGUGUUGCUAUCGCGGUUUCCUGACUUCAACGGAUCCGCACACAGUGAUACAUUAUUUGAACCUGUAAUUUCUUUAAAUAUUAGUAAAUAAAAAUUUCAACCGUA